AGCAGAGCUGUGUGUACCUUUAGGUACAUUGGGACAGAGAGGACAGUAGAAACAGAUCUUAAACAGUAAUUGAAUAUCUAUCCAUCGCUGUGCAGAAUUCAUGGAUCAGACCAUUUCUUGGGGAUCUGUAGAGCAGCAGCUGGAGCUGAAGGACCUGGCCCAGGCUGUGAUUGGUCCACUGAAGAGGGGACUCUGUUCCUUCAACAACGUCUUAGAGAUGCUCCUCAGUAUAGACGCAGACAUCGUCCUUCCUGGAUGUCCGACCUUUAGCGAUGUCAGAUCAGAGAUUGUGAACAUGAAGCAGCAGAUGGAGGAGUCAGAGCAGGUGGCCACAAACAAGCUUCACUGUCUGGAUGAGGAGACUGAGCGUCUCACUGCAGAGCAGAGUCUGUUAGCAGAGCAGAAAAAACAGAGAGAGUCUGAGUUAGAGAACCUGAAAACACAGCUGGAGUCCUACAGGUCCUCUCUGGAGAGUUACACUGAAGCUCUGGAGACAGAGAGGAGAAACCUGAGGUCAGCAGAAGACACCCUGGAUGGCUUGAGACGGAAGAGAGAUGAGGCUGAGAUAGUGAGAAAUGUUGGGAUUGGUAUCAUGUUUAUCCCAAUUGUGGGGUGGAUUGCUGGUUCAGUUAUGGUUGGUGUUGGUCAAACAGAGAUGAGCCAGGCCUCUGAUGCUGUAGACAGAGCUAAGAAAGAAGUGGAGAACUGUGAAUCUCAGGUGAACUCAUACUCUAACAAAGUGUCUGAGUACAGAUCCUCCAUCCAUCAAGCUGAGCGUGACAUCCAAGAGACUGACAGGAAGAUUGAUGAGGCCAAGGCCAAACUGCAGGCUCUGACUGUGAAGAGGGAGGUCGUUGCUGAUGUUCAGGCUAAAGUGAGACGAGCCGUCCGUCAGCUGGGGCUGCUGUGUGGGGUGGGGAGUGCAGCAGAGCUGCAGACCCGACACCAGAUCCUGCUGGAGCCUGUGGUGAAGGUGAUGGAGGAGAUGACAGCAGCACUGGGUCACAUCACUGGAGAGGAUCUGCUGCACACAGAAGGUAUAAAGAAGCUGAUGUUGGACUUGAAGACGAACCAGAACAAACUGAAACAACUUCCUGACACCAAGAAGAGUUCAGAUGAUUAUUACUACUAAUGUGAAAUUCUCUUUUUUUCAUGUUUAUAGAGAUGUGCAUUAAUGAAUACCAGAGACAGACUGAAUGUGAGCAGCAGUUGUACUGCUUUGAUGAGAAAAGAAACACUUACAUGCUUUUGUUAGUGGGUCAAUUGAAUGUGCAUUGAUUCUGUGAUGUAAUUAAGUAUUUUUGGUGUUAA